AUGGGAGUGGAGUUGGACAGUGGAGUUGGACAGUGUCAGUGGGGGAGGAGACAACUUGGGGUCUCUGGAGUGAGAUACUUCAACUGUAGACCCGCCCACGGGGUAUUCCUACCUACUUCCAAGGUCAAAGUGGCCCAACUACUGAUUCCACUGACUUCCCAGCUCACUCCUCCUCCUCCUCCCCCUCCCCUCAGUCCCUCUCCUCCCGUCAACAAACGAAGACUCAACACCUCCAACACCACAACGUCCUGCUUUCAUGGUCAAAACUGGAAGUACUGA